AUGGGCUCGCAUGUGGAAGACCGUGUCGCCAUUCUGGUCGGAGCUACGUCCGGCAUGGGAAUUGACAUUGCGCAAGAUCUGGCAGCACGCGGAUGGAAGGUUGCAUGUGUAGGUCGACGGCGUGAGGCUGGUGAGGCCCUCCUCAAGACCAUCCCAGGCGAGAAUGCCCGCUUCUUCCCAGCGGACGUCUCCAACUACGAGGAAUACGCGAACGUCUUCCGCGAAGUCCGCAACCUCUGGGGCCGCAUCGAUGCACUGUGCGCCAAUGCUGGCAUCGUCGAUACCUCAUCGGUGUAUAUAUACGACUGGAAGAACAAGAGCGUCGAUGAUGUCCCGCCAGCCCCUGACUUGAGCGUCGUGGAUACCAACUACAAGGGGGUAGUGUACGGGACCCAAUUGGCAACGCAUUUCAUGAGACAUAAUCCUGUCCCUGGUGGUCGCAUUGUCAUCACGGGGAGUAUUGGAGCAGUCUUUCCCCACAGGACGUAUCCUGUGUACUGUGGCACCAAGGCGGCCGUCAACCACUUUGUGCGCGGCAUGGCUCCACUCCUCAAGCAGAAAGAGAACAUCCUGAUCAAUGUCGUGAUGCCCGGAAUCGUGGCUACUCCAAUUGUUCCGCCGGAGAUGAUUGCGGCCGUUACCCCUGAAUGUAUCACCCCCGUUGAAACCGUCCUGAAGGCGUACCAGGUCUUCCUGGAAGACACGACGGGAAUGGCCGGCGAGAUCCUCGAGUGUUCUGCACACAAACUGAUCUACUACAGGCUGCCCGAAUACGGCAAUGGAGCCAUCACCAAACGGGCCGUCACGGUGUGGGAACCGCUGUUCCGCAUGAUGCACGGCGAGGACUCGCAGCUUCCAGAUGCGAUUCCAUGA